AUGUCAGCAAUGGGUGAAAUAGAAGCCCCGGAGCUUCCAAAAAAAGUGGAACAGCCGGAAGAAAUCGAUGAUGCAGCUGGGGAGGAGGAACCAGCUGAUAAAGUUAUGAAGAUCGUGGUCGUUGGUGAUGGAGCGAGUGGAAAGACAUCCAUCUGUCAAAGAUUUGCAAAAGAGACAUUCGACAAGUCUUAUCAUCAGACUCUUGGUCUUGACUUCUUCUCUCGUCGAGUUAUUCUACCAGGAGAGGUUCAGGUGUUGGUUCAGGUUUGGGACAUUGGAGGCCAAAGUAUCGCUGGGGAGAUGAUUGAUAAGUACCUAAUGGGAGCUCAUAUAAUAUUCCUCGUCUAUGACGUCACCAACUCGAAAUCUUUUGAAAACGCUGCCGACUGGAUGAACGUCAUCAGAAAGAAUCUCAAGGAUGAGGAAAAUCCGCCAAGAAUCAUAUUGUUGGGCAACAAAACGGAUUUGGAGGAGAGAAGAACGGUUCCAGUUGACACUCAUCGCAACUUUGCCACUUCAAAUGGAAUGGUGCCAACGUAUAUUUCAGCCAAGACUGGGGAUACGGUAUACAUGACUUUCCGACAAGCCGUCGCUGAUGUUCUAAGCAUUCCAUUGUCAAAAGCUGAAACGGAAUCAGAUAUUGAUAUUGUUCAAGGAACGGUUAUUGAGACAGCGAAGCACGAGUCCUCUUCCAGAACCCGUUCCGAUCAGGGUCGUAACUCUUCUGUCUGCUCUAUUUCUUAA